UUGUGUAUACCAGAUCUGAGUGAGGCAAAGAGGCACCGUACUACCAUAUAUUAAGUCUUUCUGGAAACGCAUUCAAGCACAAUGGCGAGUAAGUUUCCAUCGCCUGACGAGUUUGAUGACCAGUUCCUGACGUGUGCAGUCUGUAUGCUGCACUACCGGGACCCCAAAAUCCUGCCAUGUCUGCACAGCUUCUGUAAGGACUGUCUGCAAGAAUGGGCCACCAAGCAACAGCCGCUGGAGUGUCCAACCUGCCGCAUACAGGUCAGUCUACCAGACCAGGGUGUGGACGGACUCAAGACCAACUUCUACGUCAACAACCUGCUGGACUUCGCGGCGGCCAAGAAAGGGGCGGAGCCAGGUGUGCCGUGCCAGGUGUGCGAGGGGAACGUGGAGGGGUCAAAAUCGUGGUGCGCCAACUGCGCCAAGUUAAUGUGUGAGUCGUGUACACAGGUACAUCGCAAGUUUCCGCUUUUCGAAGAUCACGAAGUUACCAACGAAGAAACACUCAAGGCUGAGGAAGGUAUGAGCAAGUUCCAUCCCAAACGGCACUGCCAAAAACACAAGAAGUACGAACUAGAAUUCUACUGUGAGAGCUGUAAGGCUUUGGUUUGUACGGCGUGUACUGUGGUCGACCACCGACCGGGCAAAGAUCACAAUCCCGUAGAACUCGCCACCGUGGCUCAAACAAGGAAAGAAACACUAAGAGGACUUCUGCAAGACAUAGAACCACGUCUGAAGGAAAUAGAGGCCUCUGUUGAGGAAGUUGAAACAAAGAUCUCAAACUUAGACUUCGCGAGGGAAGAAGCCACCGUCCGCGCCGAGGCGUAUUUCAACAAACUUGCUGACCUUUUGCAAAAGCGUAAGAGGGAGAUUUUCAGCCAGAUUGACGAACAAUGCCGAGUCGAUGGCAAGGCUCUACAGAUAAAGAAGGAAGCGAUAGAGUUUGAGUUGACCGGACUGACGAGCGCACAGACGUUCUGCCAACAGGCUGUAGAACACGGAAGCGACGUGCACGUUCUGGAGGUGGGAAACCAAGUCCAAACAAGGGUGGAAACUCUGCUGACCAAACAACUGGACCUGGAGUCCGACUGGAGCGAGUUUCAGUUCGUCGAGAACACUGCUCUUGUUGACCUGGAAAGAGAAGUGGACAAUUUUGGUGGCAUAAUGACAAGUGUCGACGUUUCGAAGUGCGAAGUUGCUGUCAAGCCAGCAAUCAAGGGGUUUGAGUGCUUCGCUGAGCUGACGACAAGAAACCAACAAGACCGCCCGUGUGCUACGAACAGCAAAGCCGUCAAAACUAACAUGAAGGACCCGUCCGGAAAGACCGUGCCCACACAAGUACAGAUGAAGAGCGAAGGCUUGUGGGAAAUAGCGUACACACCCGAGGUUACGGGUAAACAUGGGUUAGAGGUCAAGGUCAACUCGCAACACGUGUCAGGAAGUCCGUUUAUUGUUGACGUGAAGGGGAACCCAGUGUUGACUAUCGGACAGAAGGGUAACGGGGUGGGGGAACUGAAUGGACCGAUAGGUGUCGCUGUUGAUAAAGAAGGCAACAUUGCGGUGGUGGAGCGUUACAACAAGCGAGUCCAGGUCUUUGAUGGACACAAAGGUCACUCCUUGAGUACUUUUGCAAUCGACGGUGAGAAUCCGUUCGGCAUUGAUGUGGACUCUGGAGGGAGGAUUCUUGUGACGUCAUGGGGUGAAGAUCACGGACUGAGACGCUACUCAAAGGAAGGUAAGCUUUUGGACACAUUCAAACCGGACUGCUUGCUCUAUCCACAUGGCUUUGCAGUUCUACAGGACGGCCGCAUGGUGGUGUUGGACAACAAACAGAAGUCCUGUCUCCUCCUGAAGCAUGACGGGAGCAUCAUCCGGGAGAUCGGUAAGGGACACCUCAAGAGGCCAGCCUUCGUGUCGUUAGACGAGUCACGUGGGGUGUUGUUUGUCACAGACAGCAGCGCGAACAAACUAUUUGCGUUUGACCUUGAAGGAAACUUGACCUUGGACUUUAGCAGGCAAGGUGGGAACGGUGGCAAACUGAAAAACCCCUUCGGCGUAAUGGUAGAUCCGGCAGGCAACAUCAUUGUAGCGAACAGUGGUGACGGCCGUGUGCAGAUUUUCGGGGCUGACGGAAGGUUCAAACGGACUGUAGCUACCGUUAUGGGAGGGUCCGCCACAGGCAUCGCUCUGACAACUGACGGUUACAUAGCGGUGGCGUGUUGGAGUGCACACUGCAUAGAACUGUACAAGUACAUGUAAA